AUGCGCAUCUUCACACCGGAGAUAUUGUUGUGGCCUCUCUCGCUCCUGGCCCUUGUGUCUGCUUUCCCGGGGGCAGCGAACAUCCACAAUGGCCAAUUGGAACAUCGAGGCGUGCCAAAGCCGUGCCCAUUUGCCAAUGCUCAGGCCCAUGGACAAGGCCAUGGUCAGAUCCAUGGCCAGCUUCAUGAAAAGAAGGAACUUGAAAAACGUUUUCUCUUCAGCUUAAUGAAAAGGCCCGUCGAUAAAAUCGAAUUAGUCACUGGCAAACAUGAAUUCCAACCUCCGAACUUCGAAAACGGCGACCAGCGCGGUCCCUGUCCAGGUCUGAAUGCGCUUGCAAAUCACGGAUAUAUCCCGCGAAGCGGAGUGGUAUCAUUUGUGCAUGUAAUUGCGGCAAUCAACAAAGUGUAUGGCAUGGGCAUCGAUUUAGCCACCAUUCUCGCCCUCAUGGGCACCGUCUGGACCGGAGACCCAAUCUCCCUUGAACCCAGCUUCUCAAUUGGUGGUCCCGAUACCGGUGUUCACAAUCUGCUGAAUAACGUGGGAGGUGUCCUUGGCGAACCCCAAGGCCUCAUUGGCUCUCACAAUUUCAUCGAGGCUGACUCGUCCAACACGCGCGAUGAUCUCUACGUUACCGGCAACAGCUGGACCCUGAACAUGGACAAGUUCAUGGCCUGGUAUAAUAUGUCCUCCGAUGGCACUUACGAUAUGGAUCUCAUGGCCGAACGCGCGAAAAUCCGUUUCGACCAGACCGUCCAUACCAACCCGGACUUUUACUUCGGGCCUGUGACUGGACUGAUUGCGCGUAAUGCCGGUUAUAUUUUCGCGGGUCGGCUGUUUCGCAAUCACUCACACGAGAAUCCGGAGGGUGUUUUGACCAAGACUCACCUCCGAAACUUCUACGGGAUUUAUGGCGAAGAGCAUAAUUUGACUUAUCGCGAAGGAUGGGAGAGGAUUCCCGAGAACUGGUACAAGACUCCCGUCGACUAUGGGCUCAUUCAACUCAACCUAGAUAUCAUUGGCUUUGUCUUGAAGUACCCCGAGCUUGGAAGCAUUGGAGGCAACUUGGGGGAGGUGGACAGCUUUGCUGGAGUCGACCUCGGCGAUUUGACAGGUGGAAUCCUGAACCUGACCGGCUUGCUUAAGGAUAACAACUUGCUAUGCUUCGUGACCGAGGUACUCAAGUUCGCCAGUCCCAAUGCGCUUUCUGGGGUGUAUGCGACUCUAGCCAAGCCGCUGGAAUUUGUCACUCAUAUCCUGUCGGUACCUUUGCUCAACCUCACUUGCCCUGCAUUCAAGGAUCUUCAAAUAGGAGGCAAGCCGAUUUGGGAGGCACUCAAGGAUGACUUCCCCGGUGCUUUGAAAAGCGGUCGUAUCUUCUAG